UUCCAUAACAACUUCCCUUUCACUAACCAUACUUCAAAAGAAAAAAAAGAGAAAGAGAAAAGAAGAAGAAGAAGAAGAAGAGGAAGCUGGUUUCUCUUCUUGUUUCUUACUUAUGUGUUUGUUCCUUAGGGCAUUGUCAGACACCCAUAUCUUCGUCUUCUUCGCCACGUGGUUUUUUUUUUUUCGUUUCUGUAACUGCUAAUCAUUAAGCUGAUCAGUGCUCAGCUUUAUAGUAAUUCAGCUUUUCUUUACUUUUUCUCUCGAGCUCUUAUACAUAAGUGAGAUGUUCUUGUUCUUACACUGUUUCAUUUUUAUGGCUUUUUUGUGUUUCUUGGUUUUUUGUGUAUCCCUUUGAUGGGUAUUUCGUGUUGGUGUUCUUCUCGGUGAAUUUUAAGUUCAUUUUUUUUGGGUGGAAAAUGGCUUCUAUUCUCCGGUUUAGGAAACUAUGCUAUGUAGAGCCAGCAGUUAAGUGCUCUUCAGUGGGGUUUGAAUCUUUUGAUCAGUCUCCAAAGAUUGAUCAAAAGCUGGACAAGAAAGAAGAAGAGGUCAUUUCUGCUAACAAUUUUGCCUUGGAAAUCAACAAGAAGCGAAAGCAACCAAGGAGGCAGCCCAAGGAAUGGAGACGCUUAGAUUCUUGUUGUUGGAUGAUUGGUUACCUUUGCUCCACUUGGUGGCUUCUUUUGUUCUUGUGCCAUAGUUUGCCGGUCACAUUGCUUCAGGUUCCUGAAUCACCAGGGUUCAGGCUUAAACGUGAAGGCUUGGCAGCUCUUCACCCAGUUGUUUUAGUCCCUGGCAUUGUGACUGGUGGCCUAGAGCUAUGGGAAGGCCAGCCUUGUGCUGAUGGUCUGUUUCGUAAACGACUUUGGGUUGGUAGCUUUACUGAAAUCUUCAAGAGACCUUUGUGUUGCUUGGAGCACUUGUCUUUGCACAGUGAAACUGGCCUUGACCCACCAGGAAUCCGGGUUCGUGCUGUUCCAGGGUUGGUUGCAGCUGACUAUUUUGCUCCGGAAUAUUUCGUGUGGGCUGUUCUCAUUGAAAAUUUGGCAAAAAUUGGUUAUGAGGGGAAGAAUUUGCACAUGGCUGCUUAUGAUUGGAGGCUCUCUUUCCAGAAUACAGAGAUUCGGGACCAUGCUCUUAGUAGGCUGAAGAGUAAAAUUGAGCUAAUGUAUUUAACCAAUGGCUAUAAGAAAGUGGUUGUGGUGCCCCAUUCCAUGGGGGUUAUCUAUUUUCUUCACUUCCUUAAAUGGGUUGAAACACCUCCUCCUAUGGGGGGUGGUGGUGGUCCAGGUUGGUGUGCCAAGCACAUCAAGGCAAUCAUGAACAUUGGUCCAGCGUUUCUGGGUGUUCCAAAGGCUGUUAGUAAUAUAUUCUCUGCUGAAGGCAAAGACAUUGCUUAUAUCAGAGCCAUGGCACCUGGAGUAUUGGAUUCUAAGAUUUUAGGGCAUCAAACAUUAGAACAUGUCAUGCGGGUGUCUCGGACAUGGGACUCAAUUGUGUCAUUGGUGCCUAAAGGGGGAGAGACUAUAUGGGGCAACAUGGACUGGUCUCCUGAAGAAGGGCAUGCUUGUGACUUCUCCAGGAAAAGACACUCUCAGCCCUCUCCAAUUGACAAUAAUGUCAACAACAGUGAUGUGAAGAGAGGUUUCCAAGUGAAAGAUCCAGUUAAAUAUGGAAGAAUAAUCUCUUUUGGCAGGGCAGCAUCACAGUUACAUUCUUCACAGCUUCCCACAGUUGAUUCAAAGGAAUUUUUGCAGACAAGUGCCUCCCCAAAUUUAAACUUUUCCUGUGGAGAGGCCUGGACUGAAUAUGAUGAGAUGAGCAGGGAAGGCAUCCAAAAAGUUGCAGCAAAUAAAGCUUACACAACUCAAACUCUUCUUGAUCUGCUUCGCUUUGUCGCACCAAAAAUGAUGCAACGGGCUGAAGCUCAUUUUUCACAUGGAAUAGCUGACGAUCUUGAUGACCCUAAAUACAACCAUUACAAAUACUGGUCUAAUCCACUUGAAAUGAAACUACCUGAUGCUCCGGACAUGGAGAUAUACUGCUUGUAUGGUGUUGGAAUUCCCACUGAGAGAUCAUACGUGUACAAGCUGUCACCUACCAGCGGGUGCAAAAGCAUUCCAUACCUGAUUGAUAGCUCAGUCAAUGGAGAAGAUGGUAGCUGCUUGAAAGGUGGAGUAUACUUUGCAGAUGGAGAUGAGAGUGUACCUGUUCUAAGUGCUGGAUUCAUGUGUGCUAAAGGAUGGAGAGGAAGAACCCGGUUCAAUCCAUCUGGCAUUGCUACAUACAUAAGGGAGUACCGGCACAAGCCACCAUCUAGUCUGCUAGAAGGGAGGGGCAUUGAGAGUGGGGCACAUGUUGACAUCAUGGGAAAUGUUGCGCUCAUUGAAGACAUAUUGCGCAUUGCAGCUGGAGCCACUGGGAAAGAGAUAAGAGGUGAUAGGAUUUCCUCAGAUAUCCUAAGAAUGUCUGAGAGAAUAAACCUAAAGAUAAAACAAGGACAGAAAUAAAGUUGCUGUAUGAAGCAACUGUUAACAAACCAGACAAGGAAUUUAGAGAAGAACAAAAAAAGUUUCUGAUGAAAGGCACACUUUAUUCAUAUGAGAC